UACAAGUUUUAAACUUGUAAAUGUAGUAAUUACAGAGCAUCAACAGGAAGGCCUAACAAUGUUCCCUGUCUUCUGUAAACUGUUAAUGCUUUGGAGCAAAUAGUGAGGCUCUGAAACCAGAGCUGUUCCCGGGAUACUCUGAUAUCCCACUGGGUAGGGGAAGAGUUGUUGCUCUGGGCCCGUGAGCUCUUGAGGUUGUGUUGCUGGUUGAUUGUUUUGGUCCUCUCUCCUCUUGAACAGGGACCAUGCCCAAGAAAGAUAAUAAUAAAUAAAGAAGGCAAAGUGAAUUACAUGCAGCUGAAGAAGGAUUUUGACCAGAAAAAGGCAACAAUACAGUUUCAUCAGCCUCAGAGAUUUAAGGAGGAGCUGUGGAAGAUUUUCAGGAGAAGCUGGAGUGCUACUUUGGGUCUCUGGUGGGGUCCAAUGUUUCCAUCACUGCCCAGGGAUCCCAGGGCCUUCCUCCUCACUAUGAUGAUGUUGAGCUCUUGGGGAGAUUUCUUACUGGAUGCAGUUCCUGGCCUGGUGUUUGACACAGCAAAAGAUGACGUGGCGCUGCGGACGAGCAUCCCGAGGCAACUGCUGAUGCAGGUGAAUGCAGCUGACCCCACCAAAAAGCUGAGCAGCCUUUUGAGGAGGCUUGCAGAGCACCUGGACCACACCAGGGAACUGAGGUCGUCUGACAUGAAGAAGGACUUCAUUGUGCACCGGCUGCCGCCUUGCUUGGGAUGUGACUCCGAUUCCUUGACUCCAGGAUGAAAUUCGCAGGGAGAUGGUUUAUGUGUAUCAUUCCUUAAGGAACAGGAGAGACACCCCCAUGGUGGGGACAGAUGACACUGCCAGUGAGGAUGGCACGGCCCAGGUUUGUUCCUGCAGACACACCAAAAAUUAUCUUUCCAUGGUGGGUUUUGCUGCAUGAGAUGAGCUUGCCCCAAAUGGCAGCAGGGCCUGGGUUCUGCCGUGAUCCUCAGCACCCAGAGCCUUUCUGCCCAGCCCUGCAGUGCCCAGAUGAGCUGAGGCUGCACCACAGAGGCAGUUUAACAGUGGAACUGAGCAAUGUGAUCUCAUGCUUAAUUAAACACUCGAGAUGUUAACAGGAUUUCUGGUGCAUGCCUUAUGGCCCAGGGAGCAAAGCUACUGGAGCAACUAAAAGCAGUUCUUACUGGUGUGUCCUUAGCACAUCCUCUACUGAGGCUACUGGAUAGGCCAGCAGAUAUUCCCUAGGGAUCACUGCCAUGCUAAACUGUAAGGGGGGUACUUUUGAAUUAGAUGAUCAAUGGAGCAUAGAGGCGUGAGAACGGAAUCAUAUUAGGAUGUGAAA